AUGCUGCCGGCGUCUGCUCCGCCUGCCUCCGCCUCGCCGGCUGCCGCGGCGCAGGCUUCGUCUCACUCGCUGUCUUCCUCUUCUCCUUCCUCUUCUCAUUCUUGUCCGCCGUUUCCUGCGUACCGGCAAGGCGCCUUGCAGCGGGAGUGUGCGCUAGAGUUCGCCGACUGGCGCUGGCUGUGUUCGCACGCACUGGACUCGGAGGGCGCGGCGCUGGAGUACUUUUACUUGUCGCCGUUUUACGUCGAGAUGGCCGGCGAAACGCUCAACGAGCGCCUGCGACGCGGCGAACGCAAUCUGUCAGACCUCCAGGGUCGGCUCUUCUCUGUCACCUACUCGAAUCUCGAUGUGCUUCGCUCGCAGGUGCCUGGGGCAGCUGGCGCGGCGGGCGCAGGGGCUGGCGCGGCGGGUGCAGGGGCUGGCGCGGCGGGCGCAGGGGCUGGCGCUUCGGCGGCGGAGGGCGAGGGAGGGGCUGCUGAGCUGGGGGUGGACUUCGCGGCGCGCUGCACCUUCUUCAACAGCCAGGCGCUGUUCCACAUAACGCUGCUGAAGCGCGAGCUUGCGCGGCACGGCGCGAUCCACACAGUGCCGCUGCGCGUCUACGCCGUCAUCUCAGGGAAGAUCUACCGCGUGCCCCCCCUCUCAGACAUCAUCCAGCAGAAAAUGGCUGCGGCGAUGGGGCACCUUGAGGGUUGCUUCGACGUGCUACAGGGCCGCCUCGCUCGCUGGAGCCUUGCAAACGGAUACACGUGGCGAGACUCGGGAACGAACCUCCGCGCCGGCGCCCGCCACCAGGCAGCGUGCGACACCGAAAGUGACCCAGACGAAGGUCUUUGCGUCAAUGAGGUCUUCAAAAAGCCCGGAUGCGAACCCGCCGUCCGCGUCCUCCACGAAGAGCAGAAUCUCCUCACCUCCGAAAUCGCAGCCCUCAUGGAGCGGAAGCGUCAAGCCGAGAAGCGGUGGGGAGCGCAGCGCGAGGCGGAGGCGAAGUUGCUGGCUGCGAUGGAGAAGAAAGUUGCGGCGUACAGACAGCUCAAGAUAGAGCGGCUUCGAAAGCUGCCUCCCUCGCAGCAUCUCGAAUUCCUCCUCCGACAAAAGAAACAACUCGAACAGCGCGCGCAGGAGCGCGCGGCGCAGGCCGAGGCUCAGCGCGCAGCCUUCGCGCGGUAA